AAACAUAUAGAGAGAGAGAGAGAUCCGUCCCCUCUUCUCCACACUAACCACGUCUGUGUGCGCUCUAGAAAUAACCAUUUACCUCAAAAAUUCGAUUUGGAUUAUAAACUCUUUCUCCUUUUUUAUCUCAGCUUGUUUCCCUCUGCAUUCCCUGAUGUUGGUUUCGAGAAUCCUCUCGCCAGUUUCCCGUAGCGCGGGCUUGGGCUUACGCUCCUCUCUCUCCGCCGCCGCCGCUCUUCCGGCGAGGAGCCAAGCUCCUAUAUUCUCGUCCCUCGUUCACGACUUCUCUCAAAAGCCGUUUCAGGGGCAGCUUGUUGCAGCUCAGGUGUUUCUUGAUUCGUUUCCACUUCAAAGGUUCUCUUUUUCUUCUUCCUCCACCACUCCUGAAUCAAGUGACAAGGAGAGCAACGCUGAGGCCUCGAAGGCUAGUGAAGAGAAAGCUACAUCUGAGGCAAACGAGUCAGGUGUUGACUCAGAACCCUCCAAAGAUUCGAGGAGGAGGAAAGGUGCUAAACGAGCUGCAGUUUCUGAGUCAGAUUCCGAGAGUGAUGCUGAUGAGGAGGAGAUGUCAAUGGAUGAUUUGGUGAAGCUUGUAGCUGAGAAGGACGAGCUUUUGUCGGAGAAAGAGCAAGAGAUUAAGCAAAUGAAAGAUAAAGUUCUCCGCACUUACGCAGAGAUGGAGAAUGUCAUGGACAGAACACGGCGUGAUGCUGAAAACACCAAAAAGUAUGCUAUUCAGAAUUUUGCAAAAAGCCUUUUGGAUGUGGCGGAUAAUCUUGGAAGAGCUUCUUCCGUUGUCAAAGAAAGCUUCUCAAAGCUUGACGACACUUCGAAGGACUCCGCUGGAGCUGCUCCGCUCUUGAAGACACUUUUAGAAGGUGUGGAGAUGACUGAGAAACAGCUUGCUGAAGUGUUUAAGAAAUUUGGUAUGGAGAAGUAUGAUCCUAUCAACGAGCCGUUUGAUCCGAACAGACAUAACGCUGUGUUCCAAGUCCCUGAUGCUUCUAAGCCAGAAGGCACAGUUGCUCAUGUCUUGAAGUCUGGAUACACGUUGUUUGAUCGAGUUAUAAGACCAGCCGAGGUUGGUGUUACUCAAGGAGGAGAGAGCGAAGAAGACAAGAAAGAGUCUGAUGCCUGAAAGGAACUCAGCUGGUUUUCAUAUAUUUUGCUACACUUUUUUUUUUUUAAAUUAACACCAUAGUUUACUCUUGUCGUUUGGUUAUUUAUUGGAUGAAACAAGAUCUACCAUAAGUUGCUGGACAUGGCCUUGCAAGGGAAGUCCUGUUUCUGUGUCUGUUUUAUGUAUCUUCAUGAGGCUGAGUUGAGCUUCUUCAAUC